AUGGGUUUGUUCAAGCGGAGGCUCUCCCCCAAGUGCCGAACUCCUGCUCGUCGGUCCAGCUUGCGCAUCUACCGGCGUUCCUUCUUUCGACGCUGGGUAGCUCAGGCCCAGAGGCGCAGACUCGGCAGCACUCCUUUCUCUCCUGCUCUGCGUCCUGUAUCCGGAGGGAAUUUGCUGGGGUCCCCUGUCCUCCUCCAGUCGCCUCCCGUGGCUCCUCUCUCCCCCUCCCCCACCGCCAUUGUCGACCUCAGCGGUCGCAACCUGACUGAGGGCUCUCCGCGGGUCAAGCCCGCCUCAUCACAAAGGUCUUUUGUGGAUGCUGACAAUGGCCAGACCGGGGAGGGGGAGGGGGAGGAGGACAAGCGCCAAGCGGCCCCUGGUGCUGCUUCCCCCUCCUCUCCGGACUCCUCAUCAUCCAGCUCGGAUGAUGCCUACCGCCGACUGUUUCAGCUUGAUUCCUCAGCCGAUGUUUCUCAGUCUCCAGCUGCAGGCGCUGACUCUCCGCCGUCCCUCUCCGGGGGCCCUGCGAAGGCAUCCGAUGCAUCAGCCUGUGCUGCGAAUGUCCUGCCUGACGAGGAUGAUCACCCUGACCUUGCUGAUGCCGACCCUGAUUCUGCUACGGAUGUGCCCCCGGUUCCACCUAUGGCGACCUCAGAUUGGCCGAAGGGCUUGCAGUGGUUGAUGUCCAACCUCCGAGUCUUCCUCUAUAUUCAUGAGCGCUUUCGUCCUCAUGUCACUGCGUCUCACCUCUUUGGUGAGACUGCAGAGCUUUGGCUGACUUGUCUUGUGUCUUUGCUGCAAUUCAUCGAUCGAUAUGAUCCUUCCUCGUCCAGCUAUCAGACCCUUGUUCUGCUCUUUGAGCACCUUCCCGCCUUACUGCUUCCUGUACCCAACUCUGCCAAUGGUCCUACCAAGGACGCGCUUAUCAAGCGCCAGUGCCGACGUUUCUUGAAGGGUGAAUGGAAAGCUCUUUUCAAGCGCUAUCUGCCUGCUGCAGAAACCCAUGGGAAGAAGCAAGCAAAGGGGGCGCGGCAGCCUUCACCGCCCCAAGGACAGCAGCAGCAGCAGCAGCAGCAGCAGCAGCAGCAGCAGCAGCAGCAGCAGCAGCAGCAGCAGCAGCAGCAGCAGCAGCAGCAGCAGCAGCAGCAGCAGCAGCAGCAGCAGCAGCAGCAGCAGCAGCAGCAGCAGCGGCGGCGGCGGCAGCAGCAGCAGCAGCAGCAGCAGCAGCAGCAGCAGCGGCAGCAACUUCGGCGGUCACCUCGGCACCUGCAGCCCUCGUCCCUCCCACAGCAGCAGCUGCAGGAGUCGGAGCAGCUGCAACCGCCCCAGCAGCCCUCGCGAGGGCGGCGGCAACGGCAGAACCACCAACAGCAACCGCAGCAGCAGCAGCCGCCGCCGCAGCCGCAGCCGCAGCCGCAGCCGCAGCCGCAACACCAGCAGCAGCAGCAGCAGCAGCAGCAGCAGCAGCCGCAGCAGCAGCACCGCCAGCAGCAGCAGCAGCAGCAGCAGCAGCAGCAGCAGCAGCAGCAACACCAGCAACACCAGCAACAGCAGCGACCACAACCGCGCGGGCCGAGGGAGCAGCGGCAGCUCGGCCAAUCGUCUCAGGAGUCUGAGCCUGCUCCUCCGCCGCGACCUACGUUGUCCCUCACCUCUGCGAGCGAGCGCCAAAGACAGUUGGCGAUUCAUCAGUUCACUGCGGGUGACCUUCAUCGGGCGGUACGGACACUACUGAGCUCCGGCAUCUACAGGGCUGAAUCUUUCGCUGAUCUUCUUGCUGAAGCACAAGAGAAGUUCCCUGAUGGUGCGUCGCCUGCCUUUGGAAGUGCUUCCGCAGAUCAUCUCACCCAGCAAGCGCUUGCAGUACUGCAGGUGGAUUUGACUGACAUCCUCGACACCACUAGCCUGAUCCAGGCGAUCAAGCGCUACAGCUCCUUUGCGGGGACCGAUGACCAAGGGUGGAGGAUUCGGCAACACCUCUCACCCCUUUCUAGUCAUCCUGCAGCUUUGAAGCUCUACUGCAAACAUAUCCUCCAAGGGGUCCUUCUUGGCCAAAUGCCGGAUCUUCUUAUUCCUGCCCUGUCAGCCAUUCGUCGAGGAGGCAGAUUUAUUCCCCUCUCCAAGGGAGCUGAUAAACCUGGUCUCCGGCCAAUUGUCAUCGGUUCUGCACACCGUCGACUCGCGACGAAGCUUGCUUUGGCAGCGAUUCGCUCAUUUCUUGACCAGCACUUCCUCUCGUCUCACCCUCGAGCGAUUCAGUUCGGGCUCGAUCGAGACGGCUGUCUGAAGUUCUCGCAAACCGCGUCAGCGCUCCUGCCCCUUCACGCUCGCGGUGAUGAUGAGGAUGUUGCCAACCCCACAGUGCUGGUGAGUUUGGAUGCAAAGAACGCCUUCAACUCCCUCGACCGCCAGGCUCUCUUCGAUGCAAUCGAGGGACGUGCGAGUCGCGACUACUUUGAUGGGAGCAUCACUGAAGGCGCAAGCUUGCCCUCUUGCGAGCAUCUCCGUUUGUUCGCCUCCUACCUCUCCAGCUACUAUGGAGACUCUGCUGACCUUCGACUCUUUCACAAAAGUCAGUCAGCCUCCGUUCAGUGUACCUCGGGCGUCUGUCAGGGCGAUGUCCCCUCCAGCGUAUUUUUCUGCCACAGUAUCCACCCCCUGCUCCUCCAUAUCGCAGAGCUUUUUCCCUCUGUUCGAGUCUUGGCCUAUGCUGACAACGUCGUACUUGUCGGUCCACUCGAGGAUGCCGUUGCAGCUACGUCCGCUAUGAAGAAGUACAUGUUAGCUGAUCUGAAGCUAGAGAUUCAACCUCGCGAGUCGAAAGUUUACAUCCCCUCCUGGCAUCAACACCCUGAUCUCUCGCAGCUGAAGAAGAGCCUUAAGCGCCGUCUCAAGACUCAACUUCUUCACUUCGAGGUCGUCACUGGCGGGAUUACACUUGGCGGCCUGCCUAUCGGCACGGAUGGAUUUCAUGCUAGUCAGCUCCGAGCGAAGGUUUCUACCCUCAACGAAGAGCUCUCGAAGCUCGGGCUCGUCCAGCAUGGCUUCAUGUUCAAGACGCUGGUGAGGGCGAGCCAUCUCCAGAAGCUGCGCUUCUUCCUCCAGGGGUCUUCUCCGUUUCUCCCGCGGGUCCAAUCACAGAUUCGUCGCUUUGACCUCUCUGUCCACCUGGCGCUUGAGAAAUACCACCGCUGGCCUUCCUCGCAGUACCUCGCCGCGCAUCCCGACCUGCUAGAGUUUGCGAGGUUCAAGCGGGAGCUUCCGCAUAGUCGGGGAGGGGACGAGUUCACGCCCUCUGAGGCCCAUGUCACGGACGCUGCUCUCUCCUCAUAG